AUGGACAAACUGAAGGGCUGUGUGUGCGAUGGCGGCCUCCACAUUGACGUGAAUUGGAGCCAGGACUAUGGUCGCUCAGGCCCCGGUUACGAGUCUGCAGAUCCAGGGGACUUGAGGGGACCCGAUAACAAACUCCACUCCAGCCGCUGCUUCAACACAGCCCAGCCUUCUCCAGUUGGGAUUUGUUUGCUUUAUUCACCUCCAGCUUUCAGCCCCAAGCCCCAGAAUGUGAGGAUCUCUUUCACUCACUCUUUUAAUCCAAGCACACACGCCGGUCACAUGAUCAUGGUUUAG